AUGGCCCUUCUAGAAAUUGCCUGUUUCAAUCCCGACUCUGCAGUGAUAGCAGACGAAGCCGGAGCCGAUCGCAUCGAGCUCUGUGAUAAUGCAGACGUUGGAGGGACCACGCCGCCCUCAAGUUGGCUGGUCACUCUGCGCGACAAGGUCAGGAUACCCAUCUAUGUCAUGGUUCGUCCUCGGGGCGGUGAUUUUGUCUAUUCGCCGGAAGAGUUUCAAGAAAUGAAAGACGCCCUGGGCAAUCUGAAAACAUUCGCAGAUGGCUUUGUCUUUGGCAUUCUCAACCAUGAUCGGACUGUCGACGUUGCAAGGACCUCGGAACUGGUCAAACUGGCAGCUCCUUUGCCGUGCACAUUCCACCGCGCGUUUGACGAAACCACAGACUUGUUUCAGGCGCUCGAAGAUGUUGUUGGCUGCAACAUCCGUACCAUUCUGACCUCUGGUGGGAUUUCGAGUGCCAUUGAAAACUGUGAUGUGUUGGCCCAGCUAGUGAAACAAGCAGAUGGCCGAGUUAUCGUCGUGCCAGGUGGAGGCGUCAGGUCAACAAACAUUGAGCAGCUGAAAUUGGUGACGGAUGUCCUGGUCUUUCACUCUUCAGCCCUCAUUGAGGCACAAGAUAUUGCAAAUGUGGCUGAGAUUCGGCAGAUGAAGAAGAUCCUGCAAUGA